CACUGCCGUUCUCACUCAUGGCCAUUUUCGCUCCACCCCAUCCUCACGCUGCUCUCUCUCUUCUUUUCCUCCUCCUCGCUUUCACAUCACAGACUUCCGGGCAACCAGUGACCGGAGCUCCGGAGGAAUGUGGUUCGAGGUCUGUCGGAGGAGGAUGUCACGGCGGUGGGGAGACCUUAAAGCUGAAGCUCAUUGCCAUAAGUUCCAUACUGGUGACUAGCAUGAUCGGCGUUUGCCUUCCGAUCUUCUCACGUGCCGUCCCGGCCCUUCAGCCCGACCGGGAUCUAUUUGUGGUGGUUAAAGCCUUCGCAUCGGGCGUCAUUCUGGCGACCGGGUACAUGCACGUAAUGCCCGACUCCUUCAACGAUUUGACGUCGUAUUGUUUGCCGGAGCACCCCUGGAGGAGAUUCCCGUUCACCACCUUCGUGGCGAUGCUCUCAGCUCUGGCGACUUUGAUGCUGGAUUCCUUCUCAACCAGUUGCUACCAAAAAGGUUAUCUCUCCGGUGCGCCUGAACCCAGAGAGCAAGUGAAAGAUGAGAGCGCUAAGGAACUGGUGAAGGGUGAGCAUUGCCAUAUUAACAACAGCACUGACCAGAUAGAGUCGCAGCUGUUACGAUAUCGGGUCGUGGCUCAGGUGCUGGAGGUGGGAAUAGUUGUGCACUCGGUGGUUAUUGGACUCUCAAUGGGUACCUCCGACAAUCCAUGCACAAUCAGACCUCUGGUGGCGGCUCUGUGCUUCCAUCAACUCUUUGAAGGAAUGGGACUCGGCGGAUGCAUACUGCAGGCGGAGUAUGGGUACGUGAUGAAGAUGAUCAUGGUGUUCUUCUUCUCGGUGACUACUCCGUUUGGAAUCGCCCUUGGGAUUGGUCUGUCGAACGUGUACAGUCCGAACAGUCCGACGGCUUUGAUUGUGGUGGGACUGCUGAAUGCUUCAUCCGCUGGAUUGUUGAAUUAUAUGGCAUUGGUGGAUCUCUUGGCGUCCGACUUCAUGGGGCCUAAACUGCAGGGAAGGGCGAAGCUUCAGAUAUGGGCUUAUGUUGCGGUUUUGUUGGGUGCUGGAUGCAUGUCUUUAAUGGCGAAAUGGGCAUAGUCAGCAAGUAAUUUCAUUAGGACGCAACUACGUUUUUAUUUAGUUGGGGAUUUUACUUUUAGCUAGGAACCCUAAGAGUAGUUCUGAUUUUGAAAUUACUAUGAAAUUUCUUUUGUUUUAUUCAUGAGAUAUUUUAGUGUGGUCUAUUUCUGCAAAUGAAAGAUAUAUGCAUGGACAUAUUUUUGGCCACUAAA